CUGGAUUUACAUAGUAAAUUCCAAAAAAAAAAUAAAAUCUUAAGUUUCUUCGUUUAGCUAGUUGUCCUAAGGGCUUGUUUUUUAUAACAUUACUUAUUGUUUAAAAUUAUUCCAUUCAGUACAUAUUAGUUUCAACAUAUUUGAUAAUAAAAACUAAACCUCUUAUUGAAUUAAGUGGUGUGAAACUGUAGUACGAAAUAUAAGUAAUAAAAGUCAAUUUAUUGUUUAUUCUGUAACUACUUAAUGAAUUCAGUGUUUCUUAUUCAGUAUUAAGCAUUCAGAAUUAGUGACCAAUUUUUAUCAAACAUGUACAUACUGGAAAAGAAGACUAUUUAAAAAGAAUUAUUAAUGUAUUGAUGUGUAAUUAUGGAGGUCAUGCCUUACCAAACAAAGUAUAAUGUAAGUAUUAAAAUAAGAUUAAAUUAAUAAAAAUAACUCAAAAACAAUAUUUAAAAAGUAAGAGUAUAUAUUUUUAAAAAAAUUCAAAAUAUCCUUUUUAAAAAAGACUAAAAUUAUAAAUUUCUGAAUAUAGUAUUUUCAAUGAAAAUAUUUAUUAAAAAUAAUUUUACAUGUUAUGAAGUUGUAAACAAUUUGAGAAAGUUUCGAGCUUCUCUCCUUUCUGGUGAUUAGAUACAAUUUGUGCAUUAGGCACACGUUGUAUACUGUUGUGGGAGCCUCACCCCUCUUUGUGUGAUGGCAACAUAAAUUAUAAUGUAAUGUUAUAAAAAAAAAAAUUCAGAAAUUGGUAUUUUAUAAAAAGAACUAAGAAGAUGAUUUUUUAUUCAAAACAUUUCUUAAAUGAUUAUUUUUUAAAGUCAACCGAGUUGGUCGGGUUCAAGUAUACCACAACUCGGGUUCAGUGGUCCACCUCCACCCUUGCCUGAUUGGUCAAAAAAAAAAAGGUUGGAAUACGGCCCUGCUCAUUUCCCCUUUCCCAUUUUUGCUUUGCCUCCCGCAAUUCUCAGAUCUCAACCGCCAGAGAUCCCUCCGGUCGACGACUGUCAUCCCGGCUCCUUAGAUCACCUCAUGUUUUAAGGGCUCCACCGGCAUAUAUAUAUACAUAUACAUAUAUAUUGGCUUCCGCUAAAUUGUUGUGCCGUCCUCCGCUGCCAUGGACACACCCACUGGUCCAUCCAUCGCCGCCUCUGCUGACCCUAACACCAACAGCCUCGUUGUGGAUGACCCUUUAAGCAACCCUUAUAACUCCCUCAAUUCCCUAUGUAACGAUCUUAGUAAUCUCCAAGACUUGGCUUGCCGAGGCGCUUGGCGCACCAUCCUCGACAAAAUAGCCCGAGCUCGCUCACUUUCCCUCCUCACUAAACCCCACGAACACCUCAUUUACCUCACUUUCAACCUCCUUGGCCUCGUCAAGCUACGCCGUUUCAACGAUGCAUAUAAUGAGCUUCAGUCCCACAUUGAAGACAGCAACGAUGGUGAUGACGAUGACAACCCUCUCAAUUCGCCUCAAUACCAUUAUCAAACUUACCCUCAUCAUUAUCCUGAUCAGAAGGGAUCUAUGGUGCCCUUUGCCCUUCGUUGGCUUUAUGCUCAUUUGCCAUCCACUGUGGGCCACAGGCAGCUGGCCCUUGAUCGGUUUUAUGCCCUUCUGGACUUUGUUAGGGAAAAAAGGCGGAACCAUGAUGGAAAAUCUGGGGACUUGUGGCAAAAAAGGGAGGUCUUUGUUGUGAAUAGUAUUGUUAGCUAUCACUUGAGUGCAAAGGAGUUUAAGGUUUGUGUUGAUUUGUUGAGGGGUUUAGUUAGUGAGGACGAAUUUGGGGUUGAUUCUGUAUUGUUGUCAAAAUUAGGGUACAUGCAGAUGCAAUAUGGGGAUUUGGAAGGGGCUAAGAGGACUUUUGGGGAGGUGGAGAAAUUGGUGAGGGAGAAUGGAAACAACGAAGAAGUGCCAUUGAGCAAUUUGGUUCGUAGGAACAAGGCAUUGUUGUAUUUGGUUGGGAAGGAUUAUGUUUCAGCUGUUCGGGAGUAUGAUGAGUGUAUUGAGAGGGAUGGACAGGAUGUGAUUGCUAUCAACAAUAAGGCGCUUUGCUUGAUGUACUUGAGGGACUUAACGGAUUCAAUUAAGGUUUUGGAGAAUGCAUUGGAGAGGGUGCCAACGGUGGCGCUGAAUGAGACACUUGUGGUGAAUUUGUGUAGUAUGUAUGAGCUGGCUUAUGUUAACCACGCUGACAUUAAGAGGACACUGAGUAAUUGGAUAGCUAGAGUUGCCCCUGAUGAUUUUGAUUCUUCAAGUACUCGAACUUGAGAGGUUUUGUUUACUAAAAACUAGUUCCAUUGUUGUUUUCUUAGUUUUCCAGUCGGUGUUGACUGUUGUUGAGUAAUGUUGACUUUUGGCGUGAAAAUUUGUCAUUGGCAAGUGAUGGGGCAUGUUCUAUCUGCUCUUCUCGACUUCUAUAACUCCUUUUUGGGGAUCUCCUUUGUUGUAAGAUAUGUAAAAUGGGUUGGAGAUUUACUCAAUUGAUUCCCAAUAUAAUCUGCUGAUCCAGGACUUCCUCCUGUUUGUUUCAGGUUGGAAAAACGUCAUUUCUUUUUGUUUAGGUUGCGUGAUGUUUAGGUUGCAUGGUGUUGUGAAUUGAAAUUCCAUGUCACGUUGUUGAAC